AGGCAGCAGCAAAGCAAGGGCAAUAACUGCGGGGUAGGAAAGGAAACGGAAAGUGCAUUUUCCUCGGGGUCGGAGACUCAGAGGAGGAGGCAGCGCAUGUGAUGAUGAUGGCUUCCCACCUCCAUUUCUACACCUUCUCCCUUCCGGAUCGGCGCUCAUUCUCCCCCCAAACUCCAACCUGAAGAACAACAAUCCUCUCUCUAUUCGCCGCCAACGAUCGUCCGAUAUGUGGAGGCGUGUCGCUUCUCUCUCGCCGCUCCUUUCUCCCUCCAAAUCAACCGUUCUAGAUCAAGUUCAGGCAGCUUAUGGUUUCGGUGCUUGGAAAGUCUACACUACACGAGUUCUGAAUCCGGCAGGAGGUGAAGCCUCUGAUAGAAGAACACCGUUCGUAACUUUCGUUCUUGGGGGUCCAGGGAGUGGAAAAGGUACUCAGUGUACAAGGAUUGUAGAGAACUUUGGAUUUACUCACUUAAGUGCUGGGGAUCUGUUGAGAAGAGAAAUUACUUCUAAUAGUGAAAAUGGUUCCAUGAUUCUUGAAAUAAUAAAGGAAGGGAAAAUUGUUCCGUCUGAAGUGACUGUUAAACUAAUAAAAAAGGCCAUUGAAGCUAGUGACAAUGAAAGGUUUCUUAUUGAUGGUUUUCCAAGAAGCGAAGAAAACCGUUUAGCCUAUGAAAGAGUUAUUGGUGCUGAACCCGACAUUGUUCUUUUCUUUGAUUGUCCUGAAGAAGAAAUGGUGAAACGAGUGCUAAACCGUAAUCAGGGUAGGAUUGACGAUAACAUUGAUACAGUCAAGGAAAGGCUGAAGGUUUUUUCGGAACUAAAUCUUCCUGUCAUCAAGCAUUACUCUGCUAAAGGAAAACUCCACAAGAUUGAUGCCACUGGAUCGGAAGAUGAAAUAUUUGAAAGGGUUCUUCCAGUUUUUGCUGCGCUGAGGUGAUGUAUGCAUUCUGUACAUUAUAUAUGUUUCAGCAUACAAAUUAUCAAAAGAUUCAGUCUUUCUUCCUGUGUGUUGGCACAAAUGUUGUGUCUUGGACAUGAAAGUACCUCUGGUGACUGAUACACAGGUAAACACUAUCCUGAUUUUCUUGGCAUUAGUAUUUUUUUAGUAUUAGUAUUAGUUGAUCAAAUCCAAUGUUCUUAGUUUUUCUCAUACAUCUUUUUAUGGAAAUUGUUUAUAAUCAUAUCAUCAUAUGUAUCCUUUGAUAUUUUGAAGAUCCAAAAAACCACCAACCCUCUGCUCUGUC